GCAGGAUGCUGGAGAUCUUGCAACAAGCACGAUGAUGGCCAACAGAGUGGAGGCAAAGGUUGGAGAAACAGGAUGGGAGGAGAAACAGAAGCAGGCAGCAGCAAAGACAAGGAACGAGGAGAUAGAGAAGUCUGAGGAACCUGAGGGAGAGAAGCAGACAGUAACGACUAUCAACUGGUUUGGUAAGAUUUUGGAGGUUAGCGAAGGAGGAUGGAUAGUACGGGCUGGCGACGAGUUGUUCAGUGAUUGUGAGGGUAUCCUAGAAUGGGCAAGAGAGAUUGGGGACUCUACUGAGGGCGAGGAGUACAGUAAGGAGAAGAAGCAGACCAAUCCUAAUCUGAGGGUUCAGAGUUAUCCAUUCAAGCCUGGUAAGCAGAAGCAGAAAGCCAAGCAAACCACAGGGGAGGUUGUUGGAGUGGUUCCGCCACCAACAAUGGACUACUUGUGACUUGGGGUGACGAGGAGAGAAAUGCGGACUUGGGACGAGAAGGAACUAGGAAGCGGGUAUUGCGUGAGCGUGAGGUGUACGGAAAGGGGAGAAGAAAGAGAGAAGAUUGGUGGAAAGAAAGGAGAAUGGUGGUU